UGUCCGUUUGGGAAUAACUGAACAAAACCCAACAAUCUGAAUCCUCUCCAAUCUCCCAAUUGUUCUCUCAAACCCAACUCUUGUGCUUCACCCUUUCCAAUUCAUCUGUCGUCGUUUUAAUUUUUGGUGGCUGGAUUUGCAGAAAUGUAAAGAGGGUGUUAGCCAUUGGUUGAAUCCUAAGGCUUCAGAUGCUCAGUGGAUGCAGUUCAUAGAGUCACUUAAGCUCAAAAAAUGGUAGUAUAAUGUCUAAAGAGGGAGUCAUGUUGGUGGUUUAUGAUGAUCCCUCAGACCAACAAUCUUUCUCUUGGGAUGAUACCACCAGCAGUGAGGAAUCACUUGAUGAAACUAGGCUUUCACUGGAGACCACAAACGAUGUAAUUCCAUAUAUUGGAAAAAGAUUUGCUACGCAUGAUGCGGCUUAUGAGUACUACAGUGAAUUUGCGAAGCAAUGUGGAUUCUCAAUCCGGCGACACCGUACAGAGGGAAAAGAUGGGGUCGGCAAUGGACUUACGAGACGCUACUUUGUCUGCCACCGUGCUGGAAAUAGUCCAAGUAAAUCAUCCAAUGAAAGUAAGCCUCGAAGAAAUAGAAAGUCCUCCCGAUGUGGAUGUCAAGCAUACAUGCGAAUUAGCAAGACAACAGAAUUGGGAGUAUUGGAAUGGCGUGUCACAGGUUUUGCAAACAAUCAUAAUCAUGAACUCUUGGAGCCAAACCAAGUUCGUUUUCUUCCCGCAUAUCGAACUAUAACGGAAUCUGAUAAGAGCCGGAUCCUUAUGUUUGCCAAGACAGGAAUUUCAGUACAGCAAAUGAUGAGGCUCAUGGAGCUUGAGAAGUGUGUCGAACCAGGUUAUUUAUCCUUUACCGAAAAGGAUGUGAGAAAUUUACUCCAGUCAUUUCGGAAGAUAGAUGCGGAACAGGAGAGCAUAGACUUGUUAAGAAUGUGCAGAAACAUUAAGGAGAAAGAUUCAAACUUUAAAUUUGAGUGCACAAUUGACUCAAGGAACAGAUUAGAAAAUAUUGCAUGGUCAUAUGCAUCCUCAGUACAGUCAUAUGAGAUAUUUGGAGAUGCAGUGGUGUUUGAUACUACUCAUCGCUUAACUGCAUUCGACAUGCCACUUGGGGUAUGGGUUGGAAUAAACAAUUAUGGUAUGCCUUGCUUCUUUGGCUGUGUGCUUCUUCGAGAGGAAAGUGUCAAGUCAUUUUCAUGGGCACUGAAGGCAUUUCUGGGAUUCAUGUAUGGGAAGGCGCCACGGACCAUAUUAACUGAUCAAAGUUUAUUUCUGAAAGAAGCAAUAAGCGCAGAGAUGCCAACAACUAAACACGCACUAUGCGUGUGGAUGAUAGUUGGAAAGUUUCCAUCCUGGUUCAAUGCUGUUUUGGGUGAACGUUACAAUGAGUGGAAGAGUGAGUUUUAUCGCAUUUACAAUUUGGAGGCCAUAGAGGAUUUCGAACUAGGGUGGAGGGACUUAGUAAAUUCUUUUGGACUUCAGUCUAACCGGCAUAUAGUCAACUUGUAUGGUCUGCGCUCUCUUUGGGCACUACCGUUCUUGAGAAGCCAUUUCUUUGCAGGAAUGGCUACAAUUGGUCAGUCGAAGUCAAUUAAUGCAUUCAUCCAACGAUUUUUAAGUGCGCAAACUCGGCUGGCGCACUUCAUUGAACAAGUGGCUGUUGCUGUUGAUUUUAAAGAUCAAGCUGGAGAACAACAAACAAUGCAACAAACUCUGCAAAAUAUGUGCCUGAAAACAGGAGCACCGAUGGAAUCCCAUGCUGCCUCAAUUCUUACUCCUUAUGCUUUCUCUAAGUUUCAAGAACAACUUGUUUUGGCUGCGCACUACGCAUCUUUCCAAAUGGAUGAUGGUUUUCUUGUUCGACAUCACACGAAAGGUGAUGUAGGCCGUAAAGUAUAUUGGAUGCCUCGGGAAGGCAUCAUAAAUUGCAGUUGCCAUCAUUUUGAGUUCUCGGGGAUCCUUUGUCGCCAUGCACUUCGAGUUCUCUCAACGGGAAAUUGCUUUCAGAUUCCUGAUAGGUAUCUUCCUGUGCGUUGGCGUCGCGUCAGCAUACCUUCUGAGAAACUCCUUCAUACUGUUCCAAGUGACCAUGCAGAAAAAAUACAGUUGUUACAAAGCAUAGUAUCAGCUCUGGUUACAGAAUCUUCAAAGUCUAGGGAGAGACUGGAUAUAGCAACUGAGCAGGCAUCAAUCCUAUUAUCCCGGAUAAGAGAGCGGCCUGUUUCAUUUCAAAGUAUAAGAGACAGUGCCCCAAAUAAUAGGAAUAUAUGAUGCAAUACCGUAAAAAAGGCUUUGUCUGAAAUUCUUACAGAAAGCAGAACUUGUCUGGAUUUGGAUGAAUGGACGAGCAGGCUUGAAAAUUACACUUGGCAAUACUUUUAUGAGUUCGGACGUGGGAGGCAGUGUUGUGUGUUGGAUAUUUGUAGCCUUUUAUGGUAAAUGGUGUAAUACUUAUACUGGAGGAAUGGUUACAAGUUUUUUUUUUUGAGGAUGGACGCUGGUGAGAUAGGUACUGAAUAGAAGAAAUCUGUGCCAGCCGAUGGCAGGUAUGUUUUGCUUCAGAUAUGGUUAUUAUGGAGUUGCUAGUGUGGAUUGAAGCUUGUACUGUUAGACUAUCUUCCUAUGCUCUAGGGGAAUUGUAAGGAAAGUCAUGCUGGCAUAUCUUCUGUAUAAUUGCAGAAUAUUCUAUAUGAGGAUUGUAUAUUAAGUAUAUUAGCUGUAACUUUCCUUAUAUGAAUUCUAGAUAGCAAUCUACUGCUAACUUGUAGGAUCAGAGGAAUUACCUCUUGUAUUCACUCUUGUAUAAAGAAUGCAUCUCAGUAUCAAUGAUAUUCAUUCCUUCAAGCCAUAUUAAUCUCAUCU